CUUCAUCUCGACGGCCUGCUGGUCCUCCCACCCAGCUGCCGCCAUCGCCGGGCAUCGUCGCAGCCCACCCAGCAAACCCGUAUCGGCAUCACCACCGCCACCAGCCUCCCUCGCAGCGCCAAGAUGGGCGGCACACAGAGCUACUUCACCCCUGAAGUCCGGGAGCAUCUCCUUGGACGCACCAUCGCCGAGGUGCUCCCUCUCAACAAGCCGCUCGUCCGUCUACUGCCGAGCGACACCCUUCUGAGCUGCUUGCGGAAAUUUCGCAGCAAGAACAUAUCCUCGGCGCCUAUAUGCUGGCCCAACAAUGAGUUCCAGCUUGUAGAUAUCGUCGAUAUCUGCAAGUAUCUGCUUGAGUGCGCACACGGCCUGUCGGCUGACGAGCUCCAGAAGCAAAAGAACAGGAUCCUCAAUGUCCCAUGCAGCAAGCUGGCGAAUUAUUCGGGUCGGAAUCCAACCAUCACCGUCCACGAGCGAACAACCAUCCGCGCCGUCAUUCCCAUGCUGCAGAACAACAAGAGCCAUCGGCUCGCCCUGGUGGACUCUGACGGCGAGCUGCUGCACAUAAUCUCGCAGAUGAAUAUUGUCGAGUUCAUGCUGCUGAAUCUGGAUACCCUACACCCGAGCCCCGACGAACCGCUGACGAGGCUCAAGUUUUACGGAACCUCGCCGGUUCACUGCCUGCAGGAGGACGCAACGCUUACAGAGGCGUACCAGGAAAUGAUUCGGAGUGGCUUCACGGCGCUGCCCAUCAUCAACAUCAACCAGGCGAUGACAGGCAGUCUCAGUCUCAAGUCGGUCAAGUUCCUUACCGAGGACGAUCUACAAGACAUGCAUUUGAAUGCCAAAGCGUUUGUGAAGAAACACUAUGAGAGCGAAAUCUGUGGCGAGUUCAGCAUGUCGCUCCGCAACCUGCUGCGGUCCAUGGUCGUGAACGUCCGCAAUCACAUUUUCUUCCUCAAGGACGGCGCCAUCCCAACCAGGUGCCUCAAAACCCUGGAGGACCUCAUGGUCCUCGGCCACAAACUCAAGGUGCCCUUCCUGCAGCAUCUCUUCCGAUCGUUCGAUCCGCUGAGCUCGUCGUCCCUCGACACGGCGAUUCAGUACUUUCAUCUUCGCGAUCUCGAGUCCGCAGACUACCGCUCUGCAUACCACCAGCUAUGCGACUGGUUUUACGGCUGGAACGUCAGUGAGGAAGCCAACUCCGAAAGCAAUGGCAUCCUCUUUGGCUCGGGUGAUCUUUUGUCGAAUAAUUUCGCCGACGACGGCGGCCUCGGGAAGGGCAAAAAGGAUGCAAGCCUGAGAAUGAAGCGGAUGCCCCGCGACAUUGACAUGAACGACUCCACCGAGCGGGCAGAGUGCGAGCGCAUCAUCAAGACGUUCGAGACGCUCUUGGGCCUCUCCCGACGAGCGCUGAAGAAGUACUACCUCGACAUUGAGGAAGAGAUCCCGCGCGUCGGCUCUGGCCUCAAGACCCUGACCGGCAACUUUGCCUUGGCGACUGACCCAACCACCCCGGGCAGCCAGGACGUCGAGAAGAUCUGGCAACGCAACAACCCGUCCUCAGACGAGGGCGAAAACGACGCGGAGAAGACUGCCUCCGAUGGCGAGGAGGGCAUGAUGGACCAGGACGGGUUCGACGAGGUCAUCAAGUCGACCCGCAAGAAGGGAAUGGUUGUUCGGCGCACGACCAAACUCGAAAGCAAGCCCAAGGAACGCAAGGUCAAGUCCCCGCAUCGCCGCGACUCGGAUCUCGACGCUCUCCAGGAUCCCCAGUUGGGCAAGCAAGCCAUGAUGCAGCCUGAGGAGGGCCGGAUUGCCGGGAGCCCGCGGGUUUCAAGCGGAGAAGACCAUACCCGGCCGUCCACGGGGCGUCCGAUAACGACCCCGGGUGAGGCCAAGCACUCAUCCAACGAAGGCUCUGCCGAGCUCUUUGAGCAGAAAAACAUAAGCCUGGACACCAAGACAGGCGGCUUUUCGCUCGCCAGCAAGCCGGGACUUGGCCUUAUGCGCAAACCUGACCAGGAGGAUGUCAAGAAGGCCGUCCAGCGCGACAUCAACCACGUCUACGUCGAGGUCGACCACUCGACCGACUAUACGCUGCUGUGCAUCACCAAUGUCAUUGUCAUCCUGGGCUUUGCCGAGCUGCUGGGCGACAGAGAUAGAUACGCCAAAUUCUCUGGGCUCGCCCAGGAGCUUUGCUCGGACUUUGUCUCCAAUACCCUCAAGACGGUGUGGAUUCUGCUGCAUCGCGAGCUACCCGAUGGCUUGACCCUGGCUGAGCUGCACGAACUUUCCAGCCUGAAAAACAAGAUCCGGGCCAUCUUGGAGCUCCGGGCCGCCGACGGGCGGGUGCCGCGGUUCCGCAUCCGCAAGCUAUACAAGAAGUUCACGCUGCUGCACGAGCUCUUCAUGGGCACCGACAUCCACCUGUUUCCAAACUUUCUUGUGGCCCAUAAGGAGGGUACCAAGUGCGCUCAGUUUUCCCAGUUCGAUCCUUCGAUCUGGCUGACGGGUGGAUACGACUGCAUCAUCCGGAUCAACGACCUGCGCCCGCCACACACCUGUCUGUCGCAGUACGUCGGACACAAGUCGAUUGUCACGGAUGUCCACUUCACCAAGGACGACGCCUUUAUCGUGUCGUCGUCGUAUGACCGCACCGUCAAGGUCUGGAACUCGCAGUCAGCCUCUUGUGAAAAGACCCUGAGUGGCCACAGCGAUGCCAUCAACUCGAGCGACGUCAGCUUCGAUAGCCGCUACAUUUGCUCCGGAUCGGCCGACUGCACCAUCCGGAUCUGGGAUUUCAACACGGGAGACUGUCUGGCGACGAUCAAGAAGCACCAAAAGUGGGUCAAGGUCGUGCGAUUUUCGCUCGAUGCCCGGUACAUUGCCAGCGGCGGGCUCGACAAGAAGAUCUACCUGUGGGACAUGCGGAUCAUUCUGAACUCGCGCUCCAUCACGCACACGCGAGUCUUUGAGAACCACCGUGACUACAUUCUGGACCUCGCCCUGCACCGAGCCAACCUGCUGCUGUCGACGUCGCGGGACAUGACCGUGCGGCUGACGGAUUACCUUACGGGCAAGGAGCUGCACCACGUCUCGCUGGCGCCGUCGUGGGCUUGCACGGUGUCGUUUUCAAGCGAUGCCGAGUACUUUGCCACGGGCUCGUUCGACAACAACGUCCUGAUCUUCCGGACGCUGGACUUUACGCAGGUCCGGCAAAUCCGGGUCUUCAACAUGGGCAUCAUGUGCGUGAGAUUCCCGCGGGAUCUCAGCAACAUUGUCGUGGGAACGACGGAGGGAUUCCUGCAGCAGCUCCCGCUGUAAAGCAGCCCUGCACGCGGAAACUGCACUGGCGCCGGCGGCAUAUCAAUAGGAGUG